AUGCUGGAGGAUUCAUUUCAUGCUGGAGGAUUCCUUUCAUGCUGGAGGAUUCAUUUCAUGCUGGAGGAUUCCUUUCAUGCUGGAGGAUUCCUUUCAUGCUGGAGGAUUCCUUUCAUGCUGGGGGAUUCCUUUCAUGCUGGAGGAUUCCUUUCAUGCUGGAGGAUUCCUUUCAUGCUGGAGGAUUCCUUUCAUGCUGGAGGAUUCCUUUCAUGCUGGGGGAUUCCUUUCAUGCUGGAGGAUUCCUUUCAUGCUGGGGGAUUCCUUUCAUGCUGGGGGAUUCCUUUCAUGCUGGAGGAUUCCUUUCAUGCUGGAGGAUUCCUUUCAUGCUGGAGGAUUCCUUUCAUGCUGGAGGAUUCCUUUCAUGCUGGGGGAUUCCUUUCAUGCUGGAGGAUUCAUUUCAUGCUGGAGGAUUCAUUUCAUGCUGGAGGAUUCAUUUCAUUUCGUGCUGGGGGAUUCAUUUCGUGCUGGAGGAUUCAUUUCGUGCUGGGGGAUUCCUUUCGUGCUGGAGGAUUCCUUUCGUGCUGGAGGAUUCAUUUCGUGCUGGAGGAUUCAUUUCAUUUCGUGCUGGGGGAUUCAUUUCGUGCUGGAGGAUUCAUUUCGUGCUGGAGGAUUCAUUUCGUGCUGGAGGAUUCAUUUCGUGCUGGAGGAUUCAUUUCGUGCUGGAGGAUUCAUUUCGUGCUGGAGGAUUCAUUUCGUGCUGGAGGAUUCAUUUCGUGCUGGAGGAUUCAUUUCGUGCUGGGGGAUUCAUUUCGUGCUGGGGGAUUCAUUUCGUGCUGGGGGAUUCAUUUCGUGCUGGGGGAUUCAUUUCGUGCUGGGGGAUUCAUUUCGUGCUGGAGGAUUCAUUUCGUGCUGGGGGAUUCAUUUCGUGCUGGAGGAUUCAUUUCGUGCUGGAGGAUUCAUUUCGUGCUGGGGGAUUCAUUUCGUGCUGGAGGAUUCAUUUCGUGCUGGGGGAUUCAUUUCGUGCUGGAGGAUUCAUUUCGUGCUGGGGGAUUCAUUUCGUGCUGGAGGAUUCAUUUCGUGCUGGAGGAUUCAUUUCGUGCUGGAGGAUUCAUUUCGUGCUGGAGGAUUCAUUUCGUGCUGGAGGAUUCAUUUCGUGCUGGAGGAUUCAUUUCGUGCUGGAGGAUUCAUUUCGUGCUGGAGGAUUCAUUUCGUGCUGGAGGAUUCAUUUCGUGCUGGAGGAUUCAUUUCGUGCUGGAGGAUUCAUUUCGUGCUGGGGGAUUCAUUUCGUGCUGGAGGGUUCCUUUCGUGCUGGAGGGUUUUCCUUUCAUGCUGGAGGAUUCCUUUCAUGCUGGAGGGUUCCUUUCGUGCUGGGGGAUUCCUUUCAUGCUGGAGGAUUCCUUUCAUGCUGGGGGAUUCCUUUCAUGCUGGAGGAUUCAUUUCAUGCUGGAGGAUUCCUUUCAUGCUGCUACGGCAAUUGACCAUUCCGUUUCCUCUCUCUCACCGCCUCGCACAUUGCAGCACCAGGUAUGGUCUUCCUCGGAUGGCACGUUGCGGCUGUGGGAGCUGGCUACGGGCAACUGUGUGCGAGUGUACCAGGGCCACCAGAAGGCUGUUGUGUGCUGUGCUCUCAACGACGGCACCGACCUCCCGCCUGCCUGA